AUAAAUAACUAAAAUAGAGAAACCCAAAACCCUAAUCUAAUAUAAGGCUCUCUGUUCUUCCUCUUUUCUGGCGACGAAUUAGGGUUUUCAGAGAAACCAAUUUCACCAGAGAGAGAGAGAGAGAGUAAGAAGAAGAAAAAAAUGGAGAAAUUGGAGCAAGUUCAAUGCUUUGGCCGCAAGAAGAACGCGGUUGCCGUCAGUCACUGCAAGCGUGGCCAUGGAUUGAUCAAGAUCAACGGUGUUCCCAUCGAGUUGAUUGAACCAGAAAUCCUCCGGUUCAAGGCGUUCGAACCAAUCCUCUUGUUAGGGAAAAGCCGUUUCGCCGGCGUCGACAUCCGCACCCGUGUCAAAGGCGGUGGUAAAACUUCUCAGAUUUACGCAAUCAGACAGAGUAUCGCUAAGGCUCUUGUUGCUUUCUACCAGAAGUAUGUUGAUGAACAGAGCAAGAAGGAAAUCAAGGAUAUUCUUGUUCGUUACGAUCGUACUUUGCUUGUUGCUGAUCCUAGGCGUUGUGAGCCAAAGAAGUUUGGUGGUCGUGGUGCUCGUGCUAGGUUCCAGAAAUCUUACCGUUGAAAAUCGUUUUGUUGCGGAAGAAAAAAGAGGUGUUUUUGGUUUUUUAUUUCUGUUUUCGGUUCAUGUUUUAUGCUGUGGAAAACUUUUUAAGUUGAUUCGUAGUACUUACUAUUGUUUUGAUAUCAUGGGUUGGAUUUUUAUUUAGGUUUUGUAUGAGAUUUUGCAAGGAUCAUAUAUAUCUAUGUUUUUGUUUUGAA